GGCGCGCGGGUCCCGGGGAUCGCCGAGCGGGCUUGGGGGAGGCCGGGAGAGCCAUCAACGGGGGCGGGAGCCCGGCGGGCUCAGCACAGAGAGGGGAGAGCUCCGGGCCAGCCGCCGUUCGGCGCGCUCUCGGAGCCGCCAGUCCGCGCGUCCCCGCAGCCUUCCGGGAGGAAGCGGCGCCGCGGCCGGGUGCAGCCUCACCUGCCGGCCCUUCCCCGCCGGGCGGCGCAGAAGGACAGAGGGUCGCGGCCCCGCGACGCACUUCAGCCCGUCGCAGCGUCUAGGACCCCGCGCGGGACGCCGGCUCCAUGGCGACCGGGCUCGGGGAGCCUGUCUACGGACUUUCGGAAGAGGAGGGAGAAUCCCGUAUUCUCAGAGUAAAAGUUGUUUCUGGGAUUGACCUCGCCAAAAAGGACAUAUUUGGAGCCAGUGACCCAUACGUGAAGCUCUCGUUGUACGUAGCUGACGAGAACAGAGAACUCGCUCUGGUUCAGACUAAGACAAUUAAAAAGACGCUGAACCCAAAGUGGAAUGAAGAGUUUUAUUUUAGAGUAAAUCCAUCUAAUCACAGGCUCUUAUUUGAAGUAUUUGACGAGAACAGAUUGACACGAGACGACUUUCUGGGCCAGGUGGACGUGCCUCUCAGUCACCUUCCGACAGAAGAUCCAACCAUGGAGAGACCCUAUACAUUUAAGGAUUUUCUCCUGAGACCUAGAAGUCAUAAAUCGCGCGUCAAGGGGUUUUUGAGGUUGAAAAUGGCCUACAUGCCGAAAAACGGAGGUCAAGAUGAAGAAAACAGCGAGCAGAGGGACGACAUGGAGCAUGGAUGGGAAGUUGUUGACUCAAACGACUCAGCUUCCCAGCACCAGGAGGAGCUCCCUCCUCCUCCCCUGCCACCAGGAUGGGAAGAGAAAGUGGACAAUUUAGGCCGAACUUACUAUGUCAACCACAACAACAGGAGUACGCAGUGGCACCGACCUAGCUUGAUGGAUGUGUCGUCAGAGUCAGACAAUAACAUCAGGCAGAUCAACCAGGAGGCCGCACACCGGCGCUUCCGCUCUCGGAGGCACAUUAGUGAAGAUCUGGAGCCUGAGGCCUCUGAAGGCGGUGGAGAAGGCCCUGAGCCUUGGGAGACCAUUUCAGAGGAAGUGAACAUGGCGGGAGAUUCUCUCAGCCUGGCUCUGCCCCCGCCUCCUGCCUCCCCAGUGUCAAGGACCAGCCCCCAGGAGCUGUCGGAAGAACUGAGCAGAAGGUUACAGAUCACUCCGGACUCCAAUGGGGAACAGUUUAGUGCUCUAAUCCAGAGAGAGCCCUCCUCUAGGCUCCGGUCCUGCAGUGUUACCGACACGGUUGCUGAACAAGCUCACCUUCCACCGCCCAGCACCCCAACUAGGCGAGCCCGUUCGUCAACUGUCACGGGUGGUGAGGAAUCAACGCCAUCAGUGGCCUAUGUACAUACCACGCCGGGCCUACCUUCAGGCUGGGAAGAAAGAAAAGAUGCUAAGGGACGCACAUACUAUGUCAAUCAUAACAAUCGAACCACAACUUGGACUCGACCAAUCAUGCAGCUUGCAGAAGACGGUGCCUCCGGAUCAGCCACAAACAGUAACAACCACCUAGUCGAACCCCAGAUCCGCCGGCCUCGUAGCCUCAGCUCGCCAACAGUAACCUUAUCUGCCCCACUGGAGGGUGCCAAGGAUUCACCCAUACGCCGUGCUGUGAAAGAUACCCUUUCCAAUCCACAGUCCCCUCAGCCAUCACCUUACAACUCCCCCAAACCACAACACAAAGUCACACAGAGCUUCCUGCCACCAGGCUGGGAGAUGAGGAUAGCGCCAAACGGCCGACCCUUCUUCAUUGACCAUAACACAAAGACGACAACCUGGGAAGAUCCACGGCUGAAAUUUCCAGUACAUAUGCGGUCAAAAGCAUCUUUAAACCCCAAUGACCUGGGCCCUCUUCCUCCUGGCUGGGAAGAAAGGAUCCACCUGGACGGCCGCACAUUUUACAUUGACCAUAAUAGCAAAAUUACUCAGUGGGAAGAUCCAAGACUACAGAACCCAGCCAUAACUGGUCCGGCUGUGCCGUACUCCAGAGAAUUUAAGCAGAAAUACGACUACUUUAGGAAGAAAUUAAAGAAACCUGCUGAUAUUCCAAACAGGUUUGAAAUGAAACUCCACAGAAACAACAUAUUUGAAGAAUCCUAUCGGAGGAUCAUGUCUGUAAAGAGACCUGAUGUCCUAAAGGCUAGACUGUGGAUCGAGUUUGAAUCAGAGAAAGGCCUGGACUAUGGGGGCGUGGCCAGAGAGUGGUUCUUCUUACUGUCCAAAGAGAUGUUUAACCCCUACUAUGGCCUCUUCGAGUACUCUGCCACGGACAACUACACACUUCAGAUCAAUCCCAACUCAGGCCUGUGUAACGAAGAUCACUUGUCCUAUUUCACUUUCAUUGGGAGAGUUGCUGGCCUGGCGGUGUUUCAUGGGAAACUCUUAGAUGGAUUCUUCAUCCGGCCUUUCUACAAGAUGAUGCUGGGGAAGCAAAUAACUCUGAAUGACAUGGAGUCUGUGGACAGCGAGUACUACAACUCUUUGAAGUGGAUCUUGGAAAACGACCCCACGGAACUUGACCUCAUGUUCUGCAUCGAUGAAGAGAACUUUGGGCAGACUUACCAAGUGGACCUGAAGCCCAAUGGGUCAGAAAUCAUGGUAACCAAUGAGAACAAGCGAGAAUAUAUUGACUUGGUCAUCCAGUGGAGAUUUGUGAAUAGGGUCCAGAAGCAAAUGAAUGCCUUCUUGGAGGGAUUUACAGAACUUCUUCCAAUCGACUUGAUUAAAAUUUUCGAUGAAAAUGAACUGGAGUUGCUGAUGUGCGGCCUUGGUGAUGUGGACGUGAAUGAUUGGAGACAGCACUCCAUUUACAAGAACGGCUACUGCCCCAACCACCCUGUCAUCCAGUGGUUCUGGAAGGCCGUGCUGCUGAUGGAUGCUGAGAAGCGGAUCCGGUUACUACAGUUUGUCACAGGCACCUCCAGAGUACCCAUGAAUGGAUUUGCCGAACUUUAUGGUUCCAAUGGUCCUCAGCUGUUUACAAUAGAGCAAUGGGGUAGUCCUGAAAAACUGCCCAGAGCUCAUACAUGCUUUAACCGCCUUGAUUUACCUCCGUAUGAAACCUUUGAAGAUCUACGGGAGAAGCUUCUCAUGGCCGUGGAGAAUGCUCAAGGCUUCGAAGGUGUGGAUUAAGGAAGGCCUCGGCGUGGGGCACCGCCCUUCCAGCAAGGUCCGAGUGCACUUUUGCAUUUGCCUAGCAGACUUUUGCAGAGCCUGAGGCAGAAGCAGUUGCCUGGCCUGGCUCUGGAGCCCAGCUUGUCUGGGCCCUGCCCGAGUUCCGCCAGGGAACCCAGCCCCCGCUCAAGUGCCGCCCCCUCACCGCCGAUAACUCAACUGGUUGAUGUGUACACUGAUUACAGGAGGACUUGUUCUAUUUAUGUUGUGCCUCUGCAGGCAAAGCCCUUAAUAAAUAUUUUGCAUACUUUCUAAUGACAGUGAAUGGAAUUAAUCACGCUCCAGGUAUAGUAUUACAACUCAUGUUUACUUUUUAAAAAUGAUUUAGACUGAUUUUCAGAUUUUAUUUCAUUACAAUUAAAGAUGUCUCAUGUACUUGGAAAAGUGAGCAUAUUUUUUUUGUAUUUGAAUUUCAUAUCAAGCUUAAUGUUGGUGACUUUUUUUUUUUUGAAGUACUUUGACACUCCUAGCCUCUACUUUGUUAGAAUUGGAAGACUAAUUUUUCUCCAAAAGCCUUCUACAGACAAAUACUUUGAAAGAACUUCAACUAUAACAUUGAGCAUAAUAUUUUUUCCAUACUCAGAUUGAAAAUAAACUGGAUAUUACUUUUUUUUUUUUUUGUACAAAUUUAGAGACUAGGUCCAGGCUGGAAGAAUUGUAACAUAGCAUGAUAUCUUUGUGUUAACUUGAGAGGAAUGACCCCACUGUCCCUUAGGAGUUCUGACGUGUGCCAUCAUGCAUUUAAAGACAGGACUGGACUGUCAUCUUGCAUCAGAAACCAUUACAGUUUCCUGUCGCUGUACAACCUCCUCUGAACUCUCUUUUCUCUUUGGUGUUCAUAGAGACAUUUCCAAUGGCAUUGCUCCAUUCAAAACCAAGGAAACCAGAAUCACUGAUCUUCUGUCUCUGUGAUUGCUAAACAAUAAUCAAAUAACCCUUCUUUGCUGUAUCCGCGUCCCUUCUGACGGCACUUUACGGAGGUCACAUCCGGUUUUAUUUUCAUUUUGUUCUCACGGAUAUCACGAGUGGCGAUUGUUCCUUCCUCCCUGCACACAUCUGUCCGGUGCAGAUCUAUCAGUCGUGAACUUGGCCGCGAGUAUACACAUGAGCCCAGAUGUGACGCCCAGCCUCUGCACCGAUCUUCUCCGACUGUUCUGUAAUUUCUACUCAACAACAAGGUUUUACCUACUGUACA